AUGUCACUCCAUGUGGCACCGUGGUCUCAGGAAGGCCUGCGCGAGAGUAACAACCUGCGCUUCGAGGAGCUCCGCGAGACCAACGCGGAGCUUUCCUCGUUGCAGGCCUCGUCGUAUUUGACACGGAAAGAUCUGGAUCAAGCACGGAAAGACAUGGCCACCAUGAACGUGCAAUUGAAGGAAUCCAACACGAAAGUGCUGAUUUUGUCGAAACGAGUCAAUGACCUGCAAGAUGCUCUGGGUUUGAUGAGCAGCGAAGGAAGUCGCAUUAGUAGCAAGGUGGUGUCGCGAAAUGCUCCACAAG